AUGGUUCUUCUUUUUUCACCUAAGGUUGCUCUUCUGGGUGCUUCUGGCGGUAUCGGCCAACCACUCGGUCUUCUUCUGAAGCAGGACGUUCUGGUGAAACACCUUGCUCUCUAUGACGUUGUUGGAACUCCUGGAGUUGCGGCUGAUCUCUCGCACAUUGACAGCGCUGCCAGAGUUACUGCCCAUACUGGCCACAAUGAACUUGCAGCUGCAGUUUCCGGUGCUGACGUCGUCAUAAUUCCUGCUGGAGUUCCUCGUAAACCUGGCAUGACCCGUGAUGAUCUCUUCAAUACAAAUGCUGGAAUCGUUCGUGAACUAGUUGAUGUCAUCGCUGUUGAAGCUCCGAAAGCAAUGAUUGCGAUAAUUACGAACCCUGUGAAUUCGACGGUACCAAUUGCAUCAGAAGUGAUGAAGAAGAACGGUGUGUAUGAUAGGCGUCGUAUUUUUGGAGUUACCACUCUUGAUAUUCUUCGCGCGCAGACUUUUGUAGCCGAGUUGAAGGGGCUUGAUGUAACUAAGACUGUUGUUCCAGUCGUCGGAGGCCAUGCCGGAACCACUAUUAUUCCUCUACUUUCACAGGUCACUCCGAAAGUAAGCUUCACCGAAGAUGAAGUCAUGAAGUUGACCCCAAAAAUUCAAGAUGCUGGAACGGAGGUUGUUAAGGCGAAAGCUGGAGCUGGUUCUGCUACUCUUUCAAUGGCUGUUGCUGGAGCACGAUUUGCUAAUGCACUACUGCGAGCGGUCAAGGGUGAGAAGAAUGUCCAAUGUUCUUAUGUUGCAUCAGAUGCAGUGAAAGGUGUCGAAUAUUUCUCCACUCCCGUUGAGUUGGGACCGAACGGUGUCGAAAAGAUACUUGGUGUUGGAAAGGUAAGCCCAUUCGAGCAAGAACUCAUUAAUUCAGCCGUUGCUGAGUUGAACAAGAACAUCUCGAAAGGUGUUUCGUUCGUCAAGGGAAAUUAG